GACCUCCUGGUAGGUUGACGCUCAACCACUGAACCAUGCCAGCUGGGCUACCUGGAACCUUUUUAACAUUAAUGAAGAACUGCCUUCAGUGCCUCUUGUGGGCACAGACUUGGGUUAGGCAUUUGACCUAAAAAGAUAUGCUAGGCAUCUUAGUAAAGGGAUGACGUAAUGUAAUCCUCACAGAACCCUGUAAGAUUACCCUAGCUGCCAGAGGAAGCUGAAGGUCAGUAGUUUAAUAACUUGCCUAAAGGCACACAUAUAGAAGUGGCAGUGCCAAGAUUCAGAUUGACAUCUGACACUGAAGCUGUGCUCUUUCCUCUAACAUGAACAUGUGUUGACUUAAGAAUCGUCUAGGUCCCAGGAGGGAGUCUUUGGCUUGAUGUGGACUAGACCAUGGCCUCCAACUCUGGUGCUUUGUCUGCCCAGUGAGGAUGGGCAGGGCAUCUAUCCUUGCCACUGGAGCAUUAUCUGUGUCACUUAGUGAGAUGUGAGAUACCGUCUUCAUUUCAUAGCUUGGGCACCUGACCCAGGGUAAUUGCAGGAAGACAGUGAAACAUUAGUCAGUUGAUCAUCAAAACAGAACAACAUUCUAAGUACUUGAGGAGCUAUGAGUAAUUUUACAUAGUAUUUACCUCCAAGGAUUGCUGGGACCUGGACUUCCAGGUAGACGGGAAGAUACCUGCUCAUGGGUGACUGAGGGCAGAGACUUUCUUAGGAUCACAGAGAAGCUCCCAGGAGUUUUGUCAGAUAUGCCUUGCUGCUCUGCGCAUUCCAUUUUGCUCUUUUCCUGACAGACUUCUCAUGAGAUGGGGCAGUCUCAAUGCAUCACUGUAAGCGAUACCGCUCCCCUGAGCCAGACCCAUACCUGAGCUACCGAUGGAAGAGAAGGAGGUCUUACAGUCGGGAGCACGAAGGGAGACUGCGAUACCCAUCUCGAAGGGAGCCUCCACCCCGGAGAUCUCGGUCCAGAAGCCAUGACCGCUUACCCUACCAGAGGCGGUACCGGGAGCGCCGUGAUAGCGACACAUAUCGAUGUGAAGAGCGGAGCCCAUCUUUUGGAGAGGACUACUAUGGAUCUUCACGUUCCCAUCAUCGUCGACGGUCCAGGGAUAGAGAGCCGUACCGGACUCGCAAACAUGCCCACCAUUGCCACAAACGCCGCACCAGGUCUUGUAGCAGUGCCUCCUCGAGAAGCCAACAGAGCAGUAAGCGCAGCAGCCGGAGUGUGGAAGAUGACAAGGAGGGCCACCUGGUGUGCCGGAUCGGCGAUUGGCUCCAAGAGCGAUAUGAGAUUGUGGGGAACCUGGGCGAAGGUACCUUUGGCAAGGUGGUGGAGUGCUUGGACCAUGCCAGAGGGAAGUCUCAAGUUGCCCUGAAGAUCAUUCGCAACGUGGGCAAGUACCGGGAGGCUGCCCGACUAGAAAUCAAUGUUCUCAAAAAAAUCAAGGAAAAGGACAAAGAGAACAAGUUCUUGUGCGUCUUGAUGUCUGACUGGUUUAACUUCCACGGUCACAUGUGCAUCGCCUUUGAGCUCCUGGGCAAGAACACCUUUGAGUUCCUGAAGGAGAAUAAUUUCCAGCCUUACCCCCUACCACAUGUCCGGCACAUGGCCUACCAGCUCUGCCACGCCCUUAGAUUUCUACAUGAGAACCAACUGACCCACACAGACUUGAAGCCAGAGAACAUCCUGUUUGUGAAUUCUGAGUUUGAAACGCUCUACAAUGAGCACAAGAGCUGUGAGGAGAAGUCAGUGAAGAACACCAGCAUCCGAGUUGCUGACUUCGGCAGUGCUACCUUUGACCAUGAGCAUCACACAACCAUUGUGGCCACUCGUCAUUACCGCCCACCUGAGGUGAUCCUUGAGCUGGGCUGGGCACAGCCCUGUGACGUCUGGAGCAUUGGCUGCAUUCUCUUCGAGUACUACCGGGGCUUCACACUUUUCCAGACCCACGAGAACCGAGAGCAUUUGGUGAUGAUGGAGAAGAUCCUAGGGCCCAUCCCAUCACACAUGAUCCACCGUACCAGGAAGCAGAAAUAUUUUUACAAAGGGGGCCUGGUUUGGGAUGAGAACAGCUCUGAUGGCCGGUAUGUGAAGGAGAACUGCAAACCUCUGAAGAGUUACAUGCUCCAAGACUCCCUGGAGCACGUGCAGCUGUUUGACCUGAUGAGGAGGAUGUUAGAGUUUGACCCUGCCCAGCGCAUCACACUGGCGGAGGCCCUGCUGCACCCCUUCUUUGCUGGCCUGACCCCUGAGGAGCGGUCCUUCCACACCAGCCGCAACCCCAGCAGAUGACAGGCACAGGCCACUACAUGAGGAGAUGGAACUGGGCUGCCUGGCCCUCUUUCUCCAACUUCUAACCACCGGGCCCCAGGGCCAGAGCCACCCAAUGAACAGUGCAAUGUGAAGGAAGGCAGGUGCCUGCAAGGGCAGAGACAUGCCCAGCUGCCAGAAAGCACAGAUUUGACCCAAGCUAUUUAUAUGUUGUAAAGUUAUAAUAAAGUGUUUCUUACUGUUUGUAACCCCUGGUACCAGUGCGUCGUCUCCAGGCUCCUUGCCUUCUCCCUUCCCCAUCUUAUUAAUAAAGUCUUUCUUAGCA